CGAGCCGGAGGGCGGGGGCAGACCGCGCCAAGACGAGGCCGAGGCUUUCGCCUCCGCCCCUCCUCCUGCCGUCGCCCGCGCCGACUUGCGCGCCAGCGAAGCUUCCGCUUGAAGUAUGCGCGUGAAAGGGGCGCGCGGAGGAGCUGUCGACGGGCGCUCCGACCAUGCAAUGGCGGUCGUUGGUGCUGGCGCUGCUGGCGCUGCGGCUGGCCGGGCACGCGCUCCUCUGGCUGGCCGGGCCCAGCGUGGGCUUCUACCAGCAGCGCCUGCGGGCCUUCGCUUGCAGCCCCGCCGCUGCCGCCCAGGAGGCCGCCGCCUCGACCCAGCGCUGCUUCCCGGACGGUUUGGUGUCCCCGCACUGGGCUUCGUUCUUGGGCAGGGCCUGGGGGGGUGGCGGUAGCGGCGGCUCCUCGGCGGGCAGGGGUGGAGGGCUCGCCGGCAGCAGUGGCGGCAGCGGCGGCGACGACGACGACGACGAAUACGAGCAGCGCUACAGUCGCUCCUUCCCUCUUCAGCUCCGCGCCCAGCUUCGCGACGCUGCCAGGAACAUGUUCGCCUUCGGCUACGACAACUACAUGGCGCACGCCUUCCCUCAGGACGAGCUCAACCCCAUCGAGUGCUGUGGCCGGGGGCCGGACCGCGCUGACCCUUCAAAUCUGAAUAUCAAUGAUGUCCUUGGAAACUACUCGCUUACUCUGAUUGAUGCAUUGGAUACCCUAGCAGUGAUGGGAAAUUCUUCAGAGUUCCGAAAAGCUGUGAAAUUAGUGAUAGAAACAGUUUCAUUUGACACAGAUUCAACUGUGCAGGUCUUUGAAGCAACAAUCAGGGUUUUGGGAAGUUUGCUUUCUGCUCACAUCAUAAUAACGGAUGCCAAACAACCUUUUGGUGAUAUGACUAUAAAAGGCUAUGAUAAUGAGCUGUUACAUAUGGCGCAUGACCUAGCAGUAAGGCUUUUGCCUGCUUUUGAGAACACCAAAACUGGAAUUCCUUAUCCUCGGGUAAAUUUAAGAACAGGAGUUCCUUCAGGCAGCAAUAAUGAGACUUGCACUGCGGGAGCUGGCUCUUUGUUGGUGGAAUUUGGAAUUCUUAGUCGGCUUCUUGGAGAUUCCACUUUCGAAUGGGUAGCCCGUCGAGCUGUGAAAGCGCUCUGGAACCUAAGGAGCAAUGACACUGGAUUGUUAGGCAAUGUUGUGAAUAUUCAAACAGGCCACUGGGUUGGUAAACAGAGUGGCUUGGGAGCAGGAUUAGACUCCUUCUAUGAAUAUCUUUUAAAGUCUUACAUUCUCUUUGGAGAAAAGGAAGAUCUGGAGAUGUUUAAUGCUGCUUAUCGGAGUAUUCAGAACUACUUAAGGCGAGGAAGAGAAGCCUGUAAUGAAGGUGAAGGGGAUCCCCCUCUCUAUGUUAAUGUAAACAUGUUCAGUGGACAGUUGAUGAACACCUGGAUUGAUUCUCUUCAGGCAUUUUUUCCUGGACUUCAGGUUUUAAUAGGUGACGUGGAAGAUGCUAUUUGCCUCCAUGCAUUUUAUUAUGCCAUAUGGAAACGGUAUGGAGCUCUUCCAGAGAGGUACAACUGGCAGUUACAAGCACCAGAUGUCCUUUUUUAUCCUCUAAGGCCAGAGUUAGUAGAAUCUACUUACCUUCUUUAUCAGGCCACAAAGAAUCCUUUUUAUCUUCAUGUAGGAAUGGAUAUUCUUCAGAGCCUGGAGAAAUACACAAAGGCAAAAUGUGGCUAUGCUACCCUGCAUCAUGUCAUAGAGAAGUCCAAAGAAGACCGGAUGGAGAGUUUUUUUCUUAGCGAGACAUGUAAAUACUUGUAUUUGUUGUUUGAUGAAGAAAAUCCUAUGCACAAAUCAGGAAAUAGAUUCAUGUUUACAACAGAGGGGCACAUUGUGUCACUGGAUAAACGUCUGCGUGUUUCACUAUGGCAAGAUACCUUCCCUGAAGAAGAGAAGAAAGCUGAAAAGAUAAAGCCUAAUGAACUCAGAUCAAACAACUCAAUUUCUAAUUGCAACAGAGUACCAGAUGAGAGGAGAUACCUGCUGCCAUUAAAGAGUAUUUAUAUGAGACAGAUUGAUCAGAUGGUGGGCUUGAUCUGAACACUUUUCAUUUGGACUAAUUCUAAAAAUCACGACAGCAGCCGAAGCAGAUGUUCCUCUUGAGCUGUGCAGCUCAUAAUGGCAGAGGUGCUCAAGUAGUCAUUCAUCGUAAUGAAGGAUUUAGGUUUGUGUUGGAAAGAUGUCUGCUACAGAAAACAUUUGUCCUAACUGCAGCACAGCAAACCAUGGAAUGUACAAAUGAAGUUCUCGUGGCACUUCAAUUCUUUUGUUGUUGAUGAAGACUACUUUAAAGAUUGCUUGGGAAAAAAGCAGGUGGGCUGUGGCAGAAAUGCUGUCUUGCAACCACCUUUUAAAAUUUGUAUUCUAGAUUGGUUACUUUUGAAGAAAACUUAAAAUUUUAAAUAUAUUGGGCGGGGAAAUAAGGGAAUGUGCAAUCUCACUAAGCUUAAUUAGAUAAUUUUCUUUAGCAAUAAACUGCAAAUUAUUGCUCAGGUAGAAGGGAUAUUCAUAGUUUCUGGUUUACUCAGAAUGUCUUGUUGAUAAUUGCAUAAUUGAAAUGAAAUGCAGUAAUACCAACAGAGGUAUUACAUCACCAUGUUCAGGACUAACAUCUAGGCUGAUGUUGAAAACAGUGUUCUUAAUACGAAUUGCACGUUCAGGGGUGUAUAGAGUUUACUAACUUCUGAAACAGUAAUAAAAAACAAGGUGCCUUCUAGUAGGUGAAAAUGCACAAAGCCACUCAAAUCUCUUGCUCAUUUUACCAUCUUGCAAUUUUUUCAUAUUCACCAUCAUCUUUGUGCCUCUCUGGGAGAUUUACCUUAACUAAUGCAUAAUCUUGAGAUUUACAUUCCUUGUAGUUGCAAUAUGCAAGCUUUUGGAGCUAGUGCCUUCUUAAUGUGUUACUCAAAAGAAAGCGAAGGGGUUUAGCUCUUAAAUACCAAAAGAAAUUGUGUUUGGAGUAAUUUAUGCUGGAAUAAUAUCAACACUUAAAAUCCCAAGUAGUAUUUGAGGAUUGUACUCACUAUCUUCUACACUUAUAAUUGAGUAUUUAUUGGUGAAUGCUGGCCCUUCUCUGUAAAAACUAUUGUUGUAGCAGAACAGAUGGACAGGAGCUGACCUUCAAAGAUAUUUUGGUUCUUUGAUUCCUUUUGAAAUGUUGAGACAAUGUUCUGUCAUCUGCUAAAGGAUGAAUGUUUUGGGGGCAUCAUUGGAAGUACCUUGAACUGAAAACCAGAAAGGUUGUAGAUUGUGGCCUUAUUUGUUACAAUCCAAGUCAAGCCCCCUGUCUUCCCAUAUCUAUGUCCCCCAAUAGCUAGAAUGAUGGAAAGUUGUAACUGCUUUCUUUCACUAAGAUAGAGAAUACAAUUUAAGUAUAUCCAAAGAGUAUCUUGAGAAUUUUGAAGAAUCAGACUCUUUUCAAGAGACCUUUUGAGUAAAUUUGCACCAUGGUUUUUAGUACGUUAAUCAAAGAAAAAUCCAGAUUUAAACGCACAAAUAUUUUUCUGUUUGAGGAAAACAAUAUAAAACAGAUCACAUUCUAAACUACGGUGUGUAAAUAUCAGUUAUACUAUAUAAUCUACCCAUUUCUUCAUAGAACAUGUACUGCUUACAUUGCAGGUAAACCAUACAGUGCUUAGCACAAAAAUCAUUAGGACUUGCUUAAUCUCUAUGACAAACAAGUGAAUCUCAGGGAUCUUAAAGUACACUUCUGUUUGCAUAGAAUAUUUUGGUUCGACUCAAUUCUCAUUUUUUAUUUUACAACAUUGCUGUUUUUUUGAAGGGAAAUUUGAAAGAUUAGCAAACCAGAAUACCUUAAAAGUAUGGAUUCCUGUAAAAAUAAUACCUCUGUAACUGAGGUCAUGCUUUUGUUAUCCUCCAAAAUUAUCCCUAGACUUAAUUGCCACACAGAGCUUUCAGCAUGUUGUGACCCAAAAGUGUGAAGGGAAAACAGGUCAUAGAUCUGAAUGGGCUGCUGACAAGCAGUUCAGGGUAGGCAUGUUUACAAGACGACAAUUUUUUGGGAAAGGUGUUAUCUUUGAGGGGAGGAACAUUGUGAAGGAAAGGAGAUGACUACUUCAAGAUGAUGGCUUGAGUUUUCUCACAUGGCAGUGUGAACUGAAAAAACAUAGGCCAGGAUCCAGUGAGCUGUUUAGGAUCAUGCAAAAAGUUUUACAUUCUUAGUAUGUUGCUGCUCCACCUGUCACAUUGCUAAAUACUUUCUAAAAUCCUCAGUUUCAAAAACUGGCCUAUGGAGUGGAAAGAUGAAACAUAUUUCCAACUUCCUUGGGCUUGCAGUUAGUUUUGUGGUUCUUUGGAUCUUGGCCAAAAGCUUCAAGCCCUCAAAGGGAAAAAACAAGAUACAAACGCAAACAGUUCAACUUACCACUGUUGCAAUCCAUGUUGUCAGCCAUGCAUGCUGUCUUAAGUUGGGUAAUGGAUCCUACUGGACAUGAAAUGUUUUCAGGAAAUCCACAUUGUGUUUGAAUGUUAAAAACUCUUUAAUUUAGGUUGCAUGCCAUGCUACACCACUUAGUAAAGAUUGUGUCUACUAAAAUACUGAGUGUCCACAUAGUGGUUUUGCACUUUUUUUGCCAAGUAAUAUAUUUGAGAUGCUGAUUUUUCUAAGGAGCAAAAAAGCUUUUGUUAGUCACACUAUUGGCAUUCUACAUUCUGGCUAAAAGGCACUCUUAGAACAGGCAUGCUUCUGUUAGAAGUAGCACAGUCUUCUUCAUAUUGUUCAGACAGCCAUUUCCUAUUUGGUAGGAAUGAUUAACCCAGGGUGAUAGAUGUGUCUCUGUGGAAGCUGAUGUCUGAGAAUAUGGGUGCUAAUAUGAGCUAAAAUCAUUCAAAUCUGUGUAUUUAGCAUAAAGAGCACCAAAGCUGUGUUAAUGAAUAGGGGUCCUGAAGUGACCAGAUUUGAUCUAAUUUUAAACUGCAAGACUUCUGAGAUUCCCAAUUUCUCUCCCUCUUAUAAAGUACAUUGGAAGCUUACCAGUGCUGUUAUGUAAAAUGUCAUUCUACUUCAUGAAAAGUGACCAAUUUGUUCUUCUGAAAAAUUUAGUGUUACGGCCAAGUCUAAAAUACUGCUUGGAUAACUUGCCAAUCCGUAUAACCAUACUUAAUUUCUCACUGUAAUGUGCAAUAUGCAGUUUUUCCCAGCUUAACAUGGCUUUGUUACAAAAUGUAUUUAAUAUGGUAAGGGAGUUGAAGAUUUAUAAAAGUAUCAGAUGUUCUGAGAAAUGUUAGAAUGUAAAAAUUUGUAGAUUUUAUGUAUAAUUUGUAUUAAAGAACUAUUUCUUA